CAAGUCUGAUGGGGAGGGAAUCUCAGGGAGGGAGGGAUAGAGAAUUCUAGAGAGAGAAACAGAAAGACCAGAGCUGUUGGUUCGCGCCUUCCACCGCUCGUGCUAACACUACUUUCUCUCUCUAGCUCUUCUCCAUUGCCUCAUUUGGUUGGCCAGAUGCGAUCCGGGCCGUCCAUGGAGGAAACGAGCGGCGAGGAUCGCUGAUCUCCGCGCCGUCGGUGAACUGGAUCGGGUUGCGAGGGUCGGGGUUUUUGGCUUGGGAAAUGGGGAGCGUGUCGUCGGAGGGGGCAUCGGACGACCGGUGCGGGAGCUACAGCCCGAGCGCUGAUGUGAGUGAGUCGGAAAGCUCGAGCGAUUUCUCCGGGCGGAGGUACGGCGUCGGCGGCGGUGCCGGUGGGGCAUCCUCCUCCGCCGCCGGGGCGUCCUGCUCGUUCGCGUCGUCGCCCCUGGCUGCCGCCGCGGCGGAGGCGGCCCGGGCGCUGCUGCCUGGGGGAGAUGUGGUGUUCUGGGACGCGAAGCUGGAGAAGCGGGAGACGGAUUUUUCUGGUUCCUUGCCUAUUUUCCCCUAAUUUUCUUUCUUCCUUUAGGGGAGGGCAUAAAACAACGAAAAUAAAUGCUUCUAAGGUGGAGAUGAUGAAGGAGCGAUUCGCGAAGCUACUUCUUGGCGAAGACAUGUCCGGCGGCGGAAAAGGUGUUUGCACGGCGCUCGCGAUCUCAAAUGCCAUCACAAAUCUCUCUGCUACUGUAUUUGGGGAGCUAUGGAGGCUGGAGCCGCUGGCAGCACAGAAGAAGGCAAUGUGGCGCCGGGAGAUGGAAUGGCUUUUAUGCGUGAGUGAUCACAUAGUGGAGCUUAUCCCUUCUCUCCAAGAAUUUCCCGGCGGUGGGACCUUCGAGGUGAUGGUCCCCCGCCCCCGCAGCGAUCUCUACAUGAAUCUCCCAGCGCUCAAGAAGCUUGAUGCUAUGCUCCUUGGGAUGCUGGAUGGGUUCCGGGAAACCGAGUUCUGGUAUGUCGAUCGGGGGAUCCUGGUUGCCGAAGCUGAUGAGGAUGGAAGUGGGGCAUACCCUUCUUCUUCCUUCGGGAGGCCAUCAUUGAGGCAGGAGGAGAAAUGGUGGCUCCCGUGCCCGCGAGUCCCACCAAAUGGUCUGUCUGAGAAUGCAAGGAAGAAGUUACAGCAGUGUAGGGAUUGUGCGAAUCAGAUACUCAAGGCAGCCAUGGCGAUCAACAGUGUGGUGCUUUCUGAGAUGGAAAUCCCUGAUGCCUACUUGGAGACAUUGCCAAAGAGUGGAAAAUCUUGUUUGGGUGAGAUCAUCUACCGCUACAUAACAGCUGAUCAAUUUUCAUCGGAAUGUCUCCUGGAUUGCCUGGACCUGUCAUCGGAGCAUCAUACCCUGGAAAUAGCAAAUAGGAUUGAAGCAGCCAUGCAUGUGUGGAGGUUGAAAGGCCAAAAAGGAAAUCAUCAAUCAAAGGCAAAGAAGUCAUUAUGGGGUGCAAAGGUCAAGGGUCUUGUUAGUGAUACAGAAAGAAGUCAAUUUCUGGCACAACGGGCUGAAUGUCUAUUGCAGAGCUUGAGAAUACGGUACCCUGGUCUCCCGCAGACUGUUCUGGAUAUGAACAAGAUUCAGUACAAUAAGGAUGUGGGGCAGUCAAUCCUUGAGAGUUACUCGAGGGUCAUGGAGAGUUUGGCAUUCAACAUAAUGGCAAGGAUUGAUGAUCUCAUUUUUGUGGAUGAUGCAACAAAGAGAUGUGUAGCUGCAGGAUCUGUUUCCAUAUUUAACCGAGGGCUUGGAGGACUACCUAUUCAAAAAAGGAUCUCGCCUAGCCCUUUCUCUGUCUCUACCCAGAACACCCCCUAUGCCUCACCAUUUGGCACACCCACAUUUUGUUCUUCAACUCCAGUGAUUGGAAGCCCUGGAAGAGCUCAUCCUUCUUUAAGUAAGAGUGGCCAACGAGGACAGCAUGAUGAGAAAGUGGGAAAAUUCAUAUCCGGUGAGGUGGAGAGGCUGUGGUCUUAUACUGGUAAUGUGAGUGCGAGAAGAGAUGCGGGACAUGCCCCUGAAAGGGACUGAUUUGUGAACAAACAAAUCGAGUAGAAUGUGGUCAGCAAGAGCUGGAUCGGUGCAAAACUCAUCAAUGGAAAGCACUGAGGAAGAGGCAUAAGCUGGUACUUGUCAGGUUGGUCAGUUUAUUCCUGUAUAGAAAUAACAUAGUUCAAGUUUUGUUCUUUAUUCUCCAAUAUAGGAUCUUGUUUAUGUGCAUGGUACCUAUUACUACUGGAACUGAACAGUCGGCUUCAAAGAGAGUUGUUGAAUUUAGACUCUAAUUAAUGUUCAAGGGUACGCCUUUUUAGCUUAUUUGAUAAUCAUCAACAGCACCUCUCAA